AUGAAUUCCAACUGCAUCUUUCAGCCGCAGGCCAUUACAGACAGCAACGUCCAGAUGGAGAGCUUCGAUAAUCAACAAUUGAUAAGCAUGAUGAUGCCCAACGAGAUCUACAGCAGUGGUAUUCCGUAUCCCGCUACCUCAACAAAACUUUUGUGCCAGGAAAAUCACUCCCCGAAUAUGGGCUAUUACGGCCAUGGCAUGGUAUGCUUUAUUCAAAUUCAGUUGCGCAAUCUCCUGUCUUUGCAAUUAUCCACGGUCAGUUUAAAUAUUUGACAAAGCUCAGACUGUUUGUUCAUUGAGAGAUUUGGCUUGGAAUAGGACAUGGUUUUGUUAUUCUGUACAACAAUAUUAAUGCACUUCUCCUCUGGCUUGUUUUUUCAGUCUCCCAGCUCACCAUCAGGUUCCCUGAAUAUGCCAAGUCCGGUCGAUUACAAUAGUUAUUCGCCACAGGAGUCAUACUCUUCGUCGUGUUACAACUCUCCGACGAGGCUGGACUCGAGUUAUGGGUUUGUUCCAGAGCUCUACCACUACCAGAACUGCAACCUCCAGGCGAGCGUCUCCACUCCAGAAUACGCACCUUAUGGCACAACAGACUAUGUAUACGCCUCGCCUGCGGAGGACAGCUACUUCAGGCGUGAUAUGUCAAGUUCAGAGAUGUGCUACCUUUGA